UGAUCUUCAUCCCGACUCCUGGACGGGAGGCUGAAGUGAAACCCGGCGACGCUGCGCUCACAUCCCGGGCAGGGCUUUAACUUCAGAGGGGAAACCGAUGCGAGUGUGUCUCCCUUCUUCACUUUUGCAGACCCCCUCCUCCUCCUCUUCCUCCACCACCACCUCCUCCUCCGCUGGCAGAAAUGUAUAAAGAGCAGAAAUCCUCGGAGGGAGGGAGGCGGGUUGAUCUACGCCGAGGCUGAACCCGAGAGGCGAACCCGGGGAAAGAGGACUCAUUUCUACACGGGACUUUCCCCCUCUUAGUACCCCGAAAGGAGGGGGAAAAGUCGCAGGAUUUGGACACGGCGAAGAAUGAGUCGCUAAGGGCGUGAAAAACGUCUGCAAUCGUGGAUACUUUAUAUAUUUUUUAUCGGGAAAAAACAUGGCCGAGAACGUUCUGGACUCCGGCCCGUCCUCCGCCAAGCGGCCCAAGCUCUCCUCCCCGGCGCUGUCCGCCUCCGCCAGCGAUGGGAACGAUCUCGGUUCACUGUUUGAAUUGGAGCACGACCUCCCAGAUGAGCUCAUCAACUCUAAUGAACCAGGUCUGGUCAAUGGUGGGGACCUGAGCCAGUUGCACACCAGCCUGGGAGGAGGACCUGCAGGGUUAGGUCCAGGGGGCAGUGGAGGAGCGGGAGGAAUGGGUCUUGGACUUGGGCCAGGAGGGGUUGGUGGAGGACAGGAUGCUGUGGCCAAGCAUAAACAGCUGUCUGAGCUUUUGCGUUCAGGAGCAACCACCUCAAAUCAACAGGGGCAUCAAGGAGCCAUGGGCAGUCCAGGAGGCCCCACAGCUAUGGGACAACACUUGGCAAACAUGAAGGCAAGCCCUGGUCAAGGGCAGGUGAUGGGUCAGGGGCAGCAACAGCAGCACCUUUCCCCUCAGCAGCAGGCCAACAUGAUGCAGCAGCAAAAUGUUGCUGCUGGAAUGAUGAGUAACAUGAACAGGGGCAUGAUGGGAGCGCAGCAGAAAGCCAAUAAUGGACAGCAGCAACCUGGCAUGAUGGGAAACCAGGUAAUGAAUGGCUCCCCCAGGAUGGGGUUUGGUAAUCAGGGAAUGGCUGGAAACAGCAACCUGUUGGCUGAGACCCUACAACAGCAAGGACCUGGGGGGCAGGCUGGGCUGAGAGGCCAGCAACCUGGAGCAAUGAACAAGAUGGGGAUGAUGGGGAACCAAGGAGCCCCUUUUGGAGGUCCAUAUGGAGGUCAGGGAAAUCAAGGUUUAGGAACUGCGGGGCUGGGCCCUCAACUCCAGAACAAAGGUCCAAUGUCCAACAGCCUGACCCAGUUUAAUAUGGACAAGAAGAACCAACCCAUGCAAGGAAUGGGUGCCAUGACAAGUGUAGGUGGACCCUCGGGUGCAUCGGUAGGAGGAGCUCAAGGGAUGGUGCCCAGCGCUCAGGCAGCUCUGGUAGGACCCGGUACUCAAGCUUCUGCAGCAUCUUCUGCUGGGGGAGCACCACCAACAGCUGACCCUGAGAAGCGCAAGCUCAUCCAGCAGCAACUGGUGCUCCUGCUUCAUGCACAUAAAUGCCAGCGACGGGAGCAGGCCAACGGAGAGGUCCGUCCAUGCAACCUGCCCCACUGUCGCACGAUGAAGAAUGUCCUCAAUCACAUGACCCACUGCCAGGCUGGCAAGUCCUGUCAAGUGGCGCACUGUGCAUCCUCAAGGCAAAUCAUCUCCCACUGGAAGAACUGCACACGACACGACUGCCCUGUCUGUCUUCCACUGAAGAAUGCGGGAGACAAGAGGAACCCGCAGUGUGAGUCUCUACUUGGUGCAGUCAGUGCAGGGCUGGGAAGCUCUCUCGGAGCAGUCCCUGGGGGUCAGCCAAGUGCUCCUAAUCUCAACCCACCGAGCCAGAUUGACCCCAGCUCAAUAGAGAGAGCCUAUGCUGCACUGGGCCUCACCUACCAGGGGAACCAGAUCCAGGUUCAGACGACCCAGCCCAACAUGCCCAAUCAGGGCCAGGCUGGCAUGAGGCCUCUAAAUCCAAUGGGUGUGAAUCCUAUGGGAAUCAAUGGAGGUGUAGGGUCAUCUCCUCAGAGCCAACAAGCAAGUUUGCUGCAAGAUACCAUGAUGCAUCUUAAUGUGAGCAGCCAAAGUCUGAACGAUGCAAGUGGGGUUGGUUCCAUGACUACCGCGGCCCCUCCCUCCGCCUCUGGUAUAAGGAAAAGCUGGCAUGAGGACAUCACGCAGGACUUACGAAACCACUUGGUGCACAAGCUGGUCCAGGCCAUCUUUCCGACUCCAGAUCCUGCUGCUCUCAAGGAUCGUCGGAUGGAGAACUUGGUGGCUUAUGCCCGCAAAGUUGAGGGGGACAUGUAUGAGUCAGCUAACAGCAGAGCCGAGUAUUAUCACUUGCUAGCGGAGAAGAUCUACAAGAUCCAGAAGGAACUGGAGGAGAAGAGGAGGACUCGGCUGCAGAAGCAAGGUCUGGGCCUUGGGCCUGCUGGGCUGGGUCAGCCCCCGACUGGACUGCCUCCAAGUGAGUGGGAAGAUGGUCCACUCCCAGACCCGUCAAUGGUGCGACCACCUGGCCCAAAUCAGAUGGUCAACAGGAUGCAAGGCCCAGGCAUGAAUCAGUUCAAUCAGAUGGCGAUGCAGUCUGUGGGCCAGAGGUCCACACCUCCUCUCCCCAUGGGACCAUCUGGUAACCAGAUGGGAAUGGUUGGACCUCGAGGGGGGCAGCCCAAUGCCAACCAGCUGCAGAACCAGUAUCUGUCCCAGGGACAGUUUCCUGGGUCAGGACCUGGCGUUGGGACAGCUCAGCCAGGGAUGAGCCAGCCUGGAGCACAGGGGGGCAUGCCACAGACACCGAUGGGAACUCCUCCCUCUCUGUCAGUUGCCAGUCCUCUGCAACAGCCAGCUUCAGUCAGUGGUCCCAGCGGGAUCCCCUCAGUGGGGUCCAUGGGUCCCCAGAGCGUGGGAGGUGGAGGUCCCAACUCAUCUGUUGGAGCCGGUCCCCCCUCAGUGACUCUAUCAAACACAAACCAGCAACCUAAUUCAAUCUCCCAUUUGGGAGCCAUGCGUGGCAGCUCUCCCUCCCCUGCACACAGUCGGUCCCCGACGCCGCACCAGACACCUCCUAGACUAGCUGGAUCCCAAACGCCGCAGCCACACACACCUAACGCAACACAGUUGGUUCCCCCUUUGGCCCUACAGCAGAAUCAGCACAGCCAGGGUCCUGGCUCCAACAAGCCUAUACCACAGCAACAUGUAGGUCCUGCUGGUUCCACCACUCCAUCUCACCCUGGACUGGGCUCCGCUUCAACCCCACAUGGUGGACAGUUACCACGCACUCCGUUGUCCCAGAAGGGCUCAUUCCCAGCAGACAGUCAGGCCCUGACUCCCGCCUCUGUCAGCAGUCUGGACACGCUGUCCCAGCAGCCACAGUCAGAAACCUCAGCUACCAAUCCGGACUCCAAGAUGGAAGUCAAGCAUCAGGAUGAGGAGGAAGAGAGCGACUCUGGUGGCUGCUCCAAAGGGGGGAAGCUCAGUAACCACAAAAUGGAGGAAAAACCUAUAAAGUCAGAAGUGAAAAAAGAAGAGUGUUGUGGAGAUGGAUCUAAAGGGAUCAAAAUGGAUACAUCAGCUCCAACAGAGAUGCUGGGAGUAAAGACGGAAGACAGGAAAGUGGAGGUGAAGAAAGAAGUGAAAGAUGAAGAGGAGUCUUCAGAUGCAGUUACACCACAGACCCCAGUGAAAAAGAAGAUCUUUAAGCCAGAGGAGCUUCGUCAGGCCCUGAUGCCAACGUUAGAAUCCCUCUACAGACAAGACCCAGAGUCUCUGCCUUUCAGAAUGCCCGUUGAUCCCCAGCUUCUCUGCAUACCCGACUACUUUGAUAUUGUGAAGAGCCCCAUGGACCUGUCAACUAUCAAGCGGAAGCUAGACACAGGUCAAUACCAGGAUCCCUGGCAGUAUGUAGAUGACAUCUGGCUGAUGUUCAACAAUGCCUGGCUGUACAAUCGCAAAACAUCACGAGUCUACAAGUACUGCUCCAAAUUGGCUGAGGUGUUUGAGCAAGAGAUUGAUCCCGUGAUGCAGAGUCUUGGCUACUGUUGUGGGAGGAAGCUGGAGUUCUCUCCUCAGACAUUGUGCUGUUACGGAAAGCAGUUGUGCACUAUUCCCAGAGAUGCUGUUUACUUCAGCUACCAGAACAGGUACCACUUCUGUGAGAAGUGUUUCAACGAGAUCCAGGGAGAGACAGUUUCCCUGGGUGACGACCCUACGCAGCCGCAGACGUUCCAGGAUAGGAGCUGCAUUCACUUUCAAAGAGAACCAAAAAAAAGAGAGUUUACUCUUUAUAGCAAACCAAAAAAAAAAAAGCAAGAUCAAAAGAAUGACAACUUCCCCCUUCAGAGGUCAAUUAACAAGGAUCAGUUUGAGAAGAAGAAAAAUGACACACUGGACGCAGAACUGCUUGUUGAAUGUAUGGACUGUGGUCGCAGGAUGCAUCAGAUUUGUGUCUUACACAAUGACACAAUCUGGCCAUCAGGUUUUGUAUGUGAUGGCUGCUUAAAAAAGGCAAAUAAGACGAGGAAAGAGAACAAGUAUUGUGCAAAAAGGUUGCCCCAGACAAAGUUGGGCUGUUUUCUGGAGACGAGAGUGAACGACUUCUUGAAACGUCAAAUCUGUACAGAUGCCGGAGAGGUCUGCAUUCGUGUUGUUCACGUCUCCGACAAAGUGGUGGAGGUUAAACCCGGCAUGAAGUCCAGAUUUGUGGACAGUGGCGAGAUGUCAGAGUCUUUUCCGUACAGGACGAAAGCUCUUUUUGCAUUUGAGGACAUUGAUGGUGUAGAUGUCUGCUUCUUUGGUAUGCAUGUCCAGGAGUAUGGAUCUGACUGCCCUCAGCCCAACCAGAGGCGAGUGUACAUUUCUUACUUGGACAGUGUACAUUUUUUUCGGCCUCGCAGUCUACGAACAGCAGUUUACCAUGAAAUCCUCAUUGGCUACUUGGAGUAUGUCAGGAAGUUGGGUUACACCACUGGCCACAUCUGGGCUUGCCCACCGAGUGAAGGCGACGACUACAUCUUCCACUGCCACCCUGCAGAUCAGAAGAUCCCGAAGCCCAAACGACUUCAAGAGUGGUACAAGAAGAUGUUGGACAAAGCCGUGCAAGAGCGGAUAGUUCAUGACUACAAGGAUAUCUUCAAGCAGGCGACCGAAGAUCGCUUGACCAGUGCCAAGGAAUUGCCUUAUUUUGAGGGUGACUUUUGGCCGAAUGUGCUGGAGGAGAGCAUUAAAGAGCUAGAGCAAGAGGAGGAGGAGAGAAAAAGGGAGGAGAACAGCACUUCCAAUGAGAGCAUUGAUGACACAAAAGGUGACAGCAAAAAUGCAAAGAAAAAGAACAACAAAAAGACGAGUAAGAACAAGAGCAGCUUGAGCCGAGCCAAUAAAAAGAAGCCAGGGAUGCCCAACGUCUCCAAUGAUCUGUCACAAAAACUCUAUGCUACGAUGGAAAAACACAAAGAGGUGUUCUUCGUGAUCAGGUUGAUUGCGGCUCCCAUGGCGAAUGCCUUGCCCCCCAUCUUAGACCCAGACCCCCUGAUGGCCUGUGACCUUAUGGACGGUCGUGAUGCCUUCCUGACCCUGGCCCGGGAUAAGCACCUGGAGUUCAGCUCGCUGAGAAGGGCCAUGUGGAGCUCCAUGUGCAUGUUGGUGGAGCUGCAUAAUCAAAGUCAGGACCGCUUUGUUUACACUUGCAAUGAGUGCAAGCACCAUGUGGAAACACGCUUUCACUGCACUGUUUGUGAGGAUUACGACCUUUGCAUCACAUGUUACAACACUAAGGGCCAUGAGCACAAGAUGGAGAAGCUUGGCCUCGGCCUGGAUGAUGAGAGCAACAACCAGGCUGCUGCCACCACUCAGAGCCCCGGAGACUCGCGUCGCCUCAGUAUCCAGCGCUGCAUCCAGUCCCUGGUUCACGCAUGCCAGUGUCGAAACGCAAACUGCUCUCUGCCGUCCUGCCAGAAGAUGAAACGAGUCGUUCAACAUACAAAAGGCUGCAAGAGAAAAACCAACGGGGGUUGCCCCAUCUGCAAGCAGCUCAUUGCCCUGUGUUGCUACCACGCUAAGCAUUGUCAGGAGAACAAGUGCCCCGUUCCGUUCUGCCUAAACAUCAAGCAUAAGCUCCGCCAGCAGCAGCUGCAGCACCGACUGCAGCAGGCCCAGAUGUUGAGGAGGAGAAUGGCCAGCAUGCAGAGAGUAGGCCAGGCUGCUGCGGGAGGGGGGCCUGGGGGAAACGGCCUGCCCUCUCCGGGGGGCAACAACGGAGCAGCUGGUCCUGCUACGCCUACGUCCGCUGGUACGCAGCCUCCGACCCCGCAGACUCCCACCCAGACCAUGCCUGUGCUUCCUCAGUCUCAGGGAGGGAUGGGAACUCCGGGCCAGCAGCAGCAGCUUCAGCAACAGAGUGGUACGAUGCCCCCUCAACAUCAUCUCCAUCAGUGUCCGCCGGGGGGCGGAGGGGGGAUGAUGGUGCCUCAGCAGCAGAUGGUGGCCCAGCUCCCGCAGCAGGCUCCCAGCGCGCAGCAUCUCCAGCAGCAGCAUCCUGGAGGUUUGCCUCCGUACAACUCCAGACCCACUGGAGCAUCUCCCCUCCACCCGUCGCUGGGGAAACCUGGCCUCGGCCCAGCCACCCCGCCCCAGUCGCAGCAGCAGCCCAACCAGGGCCAGGGCUCCCUCUCCGGGCAAGGCCAGCAGCAAGGGCCCCCCCUGGCUGCCGUAGAAACGGCCCUGAAAAUCCAGCGCCUAGCGGAGACCCAAAGACAGCAGGCCCAGGCACAAAUCCGGGGCCUGGGCCCGGGGAGCAUGAUGCCUCCGCACCCUCACCACCCCAACAACCAGGCCCAGAUGGGAAUGCCCCACAUUGGGGCUCAGGUCCUGCCCCCCCAGGCCCAGGGCGUUGUGGGAAGGACUACUCUAGACGCGCAGCAACAGGGAAUGCUGGCUGGGAUGCAGCAGGGUGGCCCUCAGUCCCAGUUACCACCUCAAGUCCAGCAGCAGCUGCAGCAGGCCCAGCAGGUAGGGGGGGGGCAGCUUCCACCCAGUAACCAGCAGUGGGGCCCUGGGGGGCCCGCCAUGAACCCACAACAAAGAUCAGGAAUAAUGGCUCACAUGGCAUCGCAGCAGCAGCAGCAGGGAGCCGUCGCCCAACAACAGCAGCAACCAAUAAAUCAACAACAGCAACAAGGAAACCGUGGAUUGAUGCAAGUAAUAGGUGUAGCGGGGGCAGCAGGGGUUUCUGCUUCCUUAGCAAGUGUGGCUAGUUCAGGAAACUUACCCCAGGCUGCAUUACAGGAUCUCCUGCGGACGCUGCGCUCCCCGAGCUCGCCCUUGCAGCAGCAGCAGGUCCUUAACAUCCUCCGCUCCAACCCAACGCUAAUGGCUGCUUUCAUUCGGCAGAGAGCUGCCAGGUAUCAAGGUGCUCAGGGGGGUCCUGGAGGACCGGGGGGGCCUCCUCAGGGAGGCCCUGGGGGCGUCAGGUUCCCCGGAGCUGGAGCCAACCAGCUGGCUACUAUGGAGGGACAACAGCAGGUCAACCAGGCGGCACAGCCAGGUAUGAGUAUAGCUCAGGGUGGAGCGGGGGGAGGGAACAUGCCCACCAUGGCUCAGCUGCAGCAGUUGCAGCAGCAGCAGCAACAGCAGCAGCAGCAACAACAGCAACAACAGCAACAACAGCGACCAAUGUUGCCUGGGAAUCUACAGCAACAGCAAAUGGCCGCAUUGCAGCAGCAGCAGCAGCAGCAGCAGCAGCAACAGGGAGCGAUGCAAGCAGGACAACAAGGCAAUAUGGCAAAUAUGUCUCCACAGUUCAGAGAGAUGUUGAUGAGAAGACACCUUCAGCAGCAGCAGCAGCAGCAGCAACAACAGCAGCAGCAACAGCAGCAGCAGCAGCAACAAUUAGGAAACCACGGGCAGUUUCAGCAGCAGCAGCAGCAGCAGCAAGGACAGCAGAGUUUCAUGCAGCCGGGUCAAGGACAGCCGGGGAUACCUCCGUCCUCUCAACCUCAGCCUGGGGGUGGAGGUGUCGGGGUUCCUCAGCAGCUGCAGCAAGGUGGAGCACAAGGUGGGCCGGGACAGCACGGCCAGCAGCAAGGAUACUCUAACUCCAUGUCGCAGGUAGCUGCAGCCAUCCACCAACGGAUCCAGCAGCAGAUACAGUUGCAGCAGCAGCAGCAGCAACAACAGCAACAGCAGCAGCAACAACAGCAGCAGCAGCAGCAGAAUUCGCUGGCUGGUCAUCAAGGACAAGAUGUGGGGCCCAACGGGAGUUCGGGAGGGCCUCCGCUUCAGCCUGGACAGAGCGGACCAGGACCUGGACAGCAGCAGGGCGGAGGCGGCGGCCCCCAAGGCCUGCUGCACCAGAACAUCCACCAGAGGCUGCUGCAGCAGCAGCACCUGGGAGGAGGCUCCCCCGCCCACCACAGCAGCCCCAUGAGUCCGCAGCAGCAGAUGGCUCAGUCCCCCCACCUGCAGGGACAGGCGGGCCUCGGCCCCGCCGCCUCCCUCAGCAGCCAGGUCCGCUCGCCUCAGCCCUCGCCGCGGCCGCAGUCGCAGCCUCCGCACUCCAGCCCGUCCCCGCGCAUGCAGCCCUCCUCGCAGCCCCAGCCCUCGCCUCAUCGCAUCUCCCCACAGACUCAGACGGGGUCCCCGCACCCGGGCCACCUCGGACAACACCACCCCAGCAUGGCGCUUUCCCAGCCCCCGCAGUCGCAACCGCAGCCGCCGAGCAGUUCUGUAGACGGCAGCCAGUUCAGCUCGGAGCAGAACUCCAUCAUGUCCCAGUUGAGUGGGAUGACAGGAAUGCACGGCGGGCAGGGCGGGCAGUCGGACAUGUUGGGAGGGAAUAACAACAACAGCAGCGGCGGAAACACCAACCAAGAUUUGGGGACAAAGAUGAAUCACAACCUUAUGUAGCCUUGACUCCAUUCAGUCUUUCUCGAUGCUCUGACUUGUUGCUCCAAAAGACAAACUGCCAUGAACGGACAGUGAGACGGGACAACGUCUUUGGGGUUUUAGAAGUUUUUAUUUUUUAUUUAAAUAUUUUUGUGAUGUAUAAAUAUGAACUGAAGCUUCCUUCCUAUGGGAGAUGCGAUAUAUUCAUCUUAGAAGUCAAUAAAUGGAUAAAUUAAAACAAUGGUAAGUUAUUGCUGUUAAUAUAUAUCUAUAUAUUUUUGCCAAUGUGUACAAAAAGGCAGAAGGGCAGUGUUUCAGGUGAAGAUAUUUCUUCCUUAAGUAUAUGACAAUAUUUUUGGGGACUGAGAAUUUUGCCUUUUUAUGAAGAUUUUUAGGAAUUCAAAUGUGGCUAAAGUGAGUUAACAUGAUGUAUCUUUUUUAUAUCGUUUUUUUUUCUUCUUCCUUCUCAAAUACCCUGUCAUGAUUGUAUCUAUUUUGCAGAGUACACUUACUUUAUUUCCAUAUAUGAUUUUGUUUCCUCAAUGAAUCGUACAACAAACAUCAGCAUAUCUUCCGUUACAGGAGUUUUCUUCUGGAAAGCUUUCUCAAAAUGUACAUUUUACAGUGACUGCAGAAAUUUCCAUAUUUAUUUAUUUUUGUUGCUUUAGACGG